AGUGAUUUGCAAUUAUUUCCGAUACUUAUUGUGUACCUCAAAACAAUUCACAUUACAUGUAUUUAGUUCGACUUCAUAAAUUUGAAGUGAAUUUUUUUUUUUACUUGAUUAUCCGAUAACUCUCUUUUAUUGUUGUGAAGCAAUGCCAUUAUCAUUUUGACAAAAAAAAAUAUUUUGAAGAUAUACUCAGGGAAAAAACUAUACAUUCAGGUUCAAAAUGUUGCCAAUGUCUAAACAGCCGUCUGGCGGGUUUUCAAUUGAUUCUAUCAUCAACACAACUAGACGUGAAACUUCAAGAGAAGACUCACCACUUUCUAGAAACAACAUUGACAAUCCGAGACCGAAUUUGGGAACGCGUAGUGAACUUUCCGCCAUUAACGGCAGGAUUCCUCCUUUACACCCGGCUCUUCCACUCCAUGUUCGGAAUCUACUGUUGGCCGGAGAGACAACGAGAUCCCUCCCUCCGGACGUUUUUCACUAUGGUCAGUCUUGGCCCCUUCACAAUUCAUCUUUGCCCUCAAUAUCAACACUGGCCCGGUCUUUGCCGCAAUACACAGAACCUUGCCUAAAUGCCGGUUUCCCGGGUCUCUGGCCUCAAGUAUCGGAACAAAUGGCCUUCCUGAACCCUUGGCUGGUCACUAGAGGGACACAGUCUCUGCUUGGGCUUCCUUUAGGUAAUUCAGCUCCAGGGUUAUUUUUUCAACCUUAUCGAAAGCCCAAGAGAAUACGAACGGCGUUUUCGCCCUCCCAGUUGUUGAAAUUAGAGAAAGCGUUUGAGAGAAACCACUACGUCGUUGGUCAAGAGAGAAAGGAUCUGGCAACAAAUCUCAAUCUUUCUGAAACACAGGUCAAGGUGUGGUUCCAAAAUAGGAGAACAAAAUAUAAGAGAGUGAAAGUAGGUGAUGAAUCGGAGCUGGAGGAUCAACCCGGAAGUUCCAAAGACCAUGAAUGUGAGGAGAUUUAUGGGAACUUGAAUGUGACUGAAAACACAGAUGACGAAAGUGACAACGAUGAAAAUUCUUGAGGCAAAAUUAUGAUAACAGUAUCUCAGGGAUAACAUCGGGGUUUUUUUUAAAGUCUAACAUUCUUGCAGUUUUCAAAAGCUGUUCUAGAUCUAUUUCAGCAGAGAAAAAUGAUUCAAUAUUACAAAUUCAUUUUUUUUAAUUUAUAUCCCCCAUGACUGUAUAGACAAAAAAGCAUUUAAAAUAGAGAAAUGAACUUAUUUAAAGACAGUUAUAAGGAGUGGUCAAAAAUAUCAAUGUGAAGUUCAUCAUUGGCAACGUAAAUUCAAUCAGUUCAUAUGUUAUAUAUUCAAUAAAAUAUAUUCAAAUCAAAUCUAUUUUUGGUGAGCAUUAUUGCAUUGUUUGUGAUAAGACUGCUUCAACGGGGUUUUUGUAUUCCUUCCUUUUUAUCUCUUAAUACAGUAUUGACCUAUUAUAGUCCCUUAAACCUUUUGCUUUUUCAUACUUUUUGUAAAUGUAAAUCAAUUUAGUUUAAUUUUGUAUAAAUAAUCUCACGUACCAGAUUUCUGUAGCAUGAAUAUUAUUCUAAUAACUAUUUUCAUUGUAUAAUAGUAUAUACCUUAUAUGCAUUUCCUUUACGAUAUUAUACUCUAUAAACAAAUUGUUGUUUAUUUUAUCAUUUUGAAUUAUAUUUUUUAUUAAAUGAAUUUUUAAACAAGU